AGAACGCCUUGAACCUACCUUGCUGGAGUUUUGGAAGCUGAGCGGAGAGCCAAGCCUCAACUAUCCAGAUCCUUCUUCUUGCUCGUCCGUCUCAGAAAACACCUUCCCGUCGACCAUUGGCGAUCACAAGUCACGUGUCAUAGGUCACAUGACAUACAUAGACGCCCCGGCCGUCGUAGAUCACGCAUGCGCCGUUUUGAGUGACACCGACAGCGCGCUGGACCUCGGCAGCUUCGACGGGGAGUGUGUAUCGUCUCCCGACCUUUGCUCGCGCGGCUUGACCUUUGCCCUCUGGGUCAUGGCGUUUGACCCCGUGCAGAUGACUUCUGAUUGGUUCUUUUUGAGCUCCGGAGGUCAUAGUUCGUCUGCGCAUGGCAUUGCGUUUUACCAAUCUGCCUCUGACUGGUCGUUCAGGUUCAAGCUCCGUACAUCUACGAAAUAUGUCGGUGAAGCCGUCGUGCCCAACAGUAAAAUAUCGAAGGAGAUGUGGUUUCACCUGGCCUUGGUAUUUGACCACAACGAUGGAAUAAAGGUCUACGUAAACGGAAAUCUUUCGGCGGAAUCGCGUGAUUUCCAAAAUGAAGUGAAGAAUGACGGUGAAGUCAACUUCGUCGUUGGUGCUGCCAGCACCUCGUCCGGAUUCUCUAAAGCGGCAUUCAGUGACUUGAGGGUGUACGCAGGCGCAAUGACCCCAUCCCAGGUCAUGGAUGUAAUGACCUGUAACUCCCUGAAUGUUUCUUUUGAAAUCACCGAGGUCCGACAAUUACAACCUCCGCUAGACAGCGCCCUCAGUUUCGAAUGCCGAGCCCGGGGGAUCCCAAACCCCAUUCUCGAAUGGGAACUCAAAGGCGGUAAUGGAGAGUCGACAGUCCCUUCUAGCUCUCCACAAUCUGUCGAACAGACAACUAUCAACGUGACCGAGUGCGUGACGAGAUCGACACUUCGAGUGCACUCCAACUCGGAGAAUUUUACCAUCGCAGUUUGCCGCGCAACGUCCUCUGGUCAGGAACUUGUGAAGGACCUGACAGUAGUUAUGCAUCGGGCAGAAACUAUUACAACUAGCGCCGUGACAGCAGCAGUCACCAACCAACAAAGCCACCAAACUACCAGUUAUACCAAGCAGCCUGGAGGUGACGUCAUCACCGUAAAACCCACGCAGAAUGGAAAGACUGGUACCCGAGGGGUGACCAAAUCGACAGACACUACAGAGGCGUCAAGGAAGGAGGCAGCAGAUAGAACGACAUGGCAGUCAUCAUCAACCGCGGUCAUCAUCACCCAGACACUUUCAGGCAGUCGUGUGACCCCUGACCCAACACCGGAAACCAUCGGAGAGGGAGAGGCAACCAUCGUUACCAUGGACGCCGCCGACACAAUGCGCGCUGAUUCUGGCGAUACCACCCGCGAACCCGACGACCGUGAGACCCCGGAACCCAGUGUAACAAUGAGCUCUCCAAACGAUGUUGACGGAGACGAUGAUUUGGAAGAAACGCCUGGUCAGAAAUCGAAAAGCAAGCUGACUUGGCUGGCACCCGUGGGAGUGUGCAUCGCUCUGCUGGGAAUACCUGCCGCUUUUGUCCUUCACUACAUUUGCAAAAAGAAAAAUAAUUCAGUUCACGACUUGGCUGCGCUGUUGUCGACCAAGCAGGUCACGGUACCCAGACCCAAGUCCAUCGAGCGAUAUCGCGGAGCCACGCCCAUGGCCCCGCCCAAAGCCACGCCCAUCCCCACGCCCACCCAGCAGGCUAUUAGGAUGGUGGACGUUCAUGAGGUCAAUGACCCCUUCGACCUCACCGAGUCUAUGGAAAAGAACAUGUAACUAUAUUACUCUCGCAUUCAGUCGAUAAUGAAUUUACAAAUAAUCGAUUACCAACUGUACGACUUAUCGAUUUCGAAUUUUUAAUGAAUAAUCGAUUAUCAAAUUUAAAUGUAAUCGAUUCAAAAUUUUAUGAAUAAUCGAUGAAAGAAUAAGGCAAUAAUAUGUGCUGG